CUUUUUCAGGGAUUCUAUGGCCGCCCUCGCUUCCGUUGGCAAGGAAAACUUCCCGCUCGGAUGCUUCUUCAGAGCAUCUGUUAACGGUACCGCGAUGGUGGCGAAGUCCUUGAUGAAGCGCCUAUACCACCCUGCGGUUCCUAUAAAGCUCCGUAGCUCCUUCACUGAACUCGGGAUCGGGAUCUUUUGUAUAGCCACAACCCUAUCGGGAUCCAUUUGCAGCGUGCCGCCUCCGAUGAUAAACCCCAGGCACUGGGCCACCAAUCGCAGAUAUCGCAGAUGCGUCUGGAAAUCCGGAGCUAUCACCAAAAGAUCGUCCAAAUAAACGAAAACGUUUGAUCUGAGCUGAGUCGGGAUCACCUUAUCCAUCACUCUGCAUAAUCUCUGGGCAGCGUUACACAGACCGAAGGGCAUCAUCACGAAUUGAUACAGCGGACGGCCUGCAACGGUAAAUGCGGUGCACUUCCGGCUUUCUGGGUCCAAUUUAAUUUGCCAGAAUGCGAAUUUGAGGUCGACGCUGGAAAUGUAAUAUGUCUGGUCAAU